AUGACGUUGUCACCUAUCCGUCAGAGAGUAGUACAAGUCUUCAUUGUGAUCUUUGUCUUCCUACUCCUCUGGAUCGCUGCCUUUCUGUAUGGGAGUUUCUACUUCUCGUACAUGCCCCAAGCAACCUUUGCCACACCUGUACACUUUCACUACAGGACAGAAUGUGAAUCUCCAGGCUCUUUUUCAUGCUCUCACCCAGUGGCCAACAUCUCUCUGAUGAAAAACAACAGACAUGUGUUGACUUUCGGCCAGGCCUACAUGCUCACCCUGGAACUGGAGAUGCCUGAUUCCCCGAUCAAUCAGAAGCUGGGGAUGUUCAUGAUAAAGACAGCCUGUUUUUCUCGAGACGGAGAGCAGACUGCCUCGUCUUCCUCGCACUGACAACUGCUGUCUGCCUCCAGCUCUCGCUUUAGCAUGCUGCGAUACCGUUCAGACCUGCUGAGGCAGCUGGGGACGGUGCUGCUCCUCCCAGCCUUCCUGACCGGAGUCACUGAGCAGAAACAGGUGCUGGAGGUGGAGCUCUUCACAGAGUACAUCGAAGACCCUUAUUCUCCCUCAGUCACAAGCGUGAUUGAGAUUCUGUCCAACAAGGUGCAGAUAUACUCAUCUCACCUCCUGAUUCAUGCUCAUUUCACUGGUAUAAGAUACUUCUUGUUCAAUUUCCCUCUCAUAUCAGCCGUGGUGGGUGUGUCCAGUAACUUUGGCUUCCUCAGUCUCCUCUUCAUCCUCAGCUACUUGAGGCUGCUGUUAAGAGGGGGCCAAACAUCAGGGCCGCCUAGGUCAGAUCUGCGACUGGCAGAAAGGGAAAAUAUUGCAAUUAACAACCCAAGAGAUAUUGGAAUAGAUUUUGCUGUGCAGCAGAGGCAAUGGGGUCUUUCCAGAUGAUCCCACUCUACAGUGGAUAAUACACUGUUAAAAUAUGUAAUGUAACUGUCGAAUUGCCCUUUAGUAUUUUGCAGACCCAGGUUACUAUUGCUUCUUUUCACAAUGCUACAGUUUUUUGAAGAACAUUUAUAUUUCUUUAAAUAUGUUGUAAGUUCUAUAUUUCACAAUGUAGAUUUCUUAUCAAUACUUGCAUGUUUUUUUUUCAACAUGCUAUAAACUGACCCACUGUAGUUCCUGUUUUCUUUGAAAUGUAAAAUGUCUCUCUGCUAACAUGACUAAUAUCCUGUCAAACGUUUUUAAUUGCUGUCAUCCUUUAUCUCUUAAUCAGAACGGGAAUAGUGAGGAAAAAUGUGUCCUAACUAUUCUUGAAAAACAUCUUAAAUUGAUUAAGUUUGUGAGAAGUCGUAUAUCA